UCGUCGUCUGUCUUGCGCUCGGCGCUCUCUUAAAGCCAUACAGAAGCGACGGUCCACUCUUCUCGCGCGAAGUUUCGCUGUGCCUCGAGUAAGCGGAGCUCCUCAAGUUUGUUGCCUGCUCGCUCCUUCCCUCUUCCCUUCUCGUUCCCCUCCCCACCACGCUCUCAACUUCACUUUCUGCUGCUUACCCCGUUAUGCGCUCUAUAUCCCUGCUGAUGCUGCUGCUCACGGCGCUAUAAAUAAGUAAAAGCAAGUGGCGACUGCGCUGUUCUAUUAUUCUAUACCGUACGUGCGUUCUUAUUCUGUUAAAAAUCUAAAAAAAAAAAGUGUGUGUAUGUUUGUUGAAACCCACGCUACGCGAGCAGUCCGUGGGUAUGUACGUGCUUGGUCAGUCGUAGCCACAAGACCCCUCUUAACGCUUCGUAACAAUUAUAUCGCAAAUAACACAGCGCAGACACUUCUCGCCACUUCGCCAGAGGUGGUGCUGGGGGGAGGCCCCCAUCAGCCCGCGACGUUCGUGCCCCAAGUCCACGCUGCGGCAAUUUCUCUCCACCAUCGCGAGAGAGCGAGCUCGCGGCCGCUGCCUCCUUCCUCCGUUUGUUUGCCAGACGCUCCGAUCCGCCUCCCCCCCAGAGCUCUGCCUGCAGCAAGCGAGAGAAGGGGAGGGGGAGAGAAAAGCCCCUAGCACGAUAACUCAAGCGGAUGCUGGGGACGAGCUAUGAGGACUUCUGAAUCCUAGGCUGCUUCACUGUCAAAGUUCUUUAAGGAAUCUACAGGAGCCCUGCGGGGCCCUCGUGGACGGCGAGCGGCGCGAUGGCGGAGGGAGGGGAUGGCUCGGAGAGCGUGGUGGAGAUCCUCCUGGAGGGGGAUGAGGGCGUGUCGUCGCGCGACUUCAGCAUCGACGGCGGCGGGAAGCGCGGCAUCUACAUAAAGGAGCUGGACAAGGAGUCUCCGCUCGCCAAGAAAGUUCGCCUCGCCGAAGGGGACCAAAUAAUCUCGGCGACGGUCUACUUCAAGGACAUGAAGUACGAGGAUGCGGUGCGCUUCCUGUCGCUCUCCGAGCACUACACGACGGGCCUGCGCCUGCGCCGCACCUCCGGCACCACCUCGCCCGCCGGUUCUCCCACUGGCACGCUGGAGCACCCGUCCCGCAAAGCGGCGGGCGGCUUCUCGCUGGAGGGCGGCUCGCUCGGGGGCGUCGGCAUUGGCGGCGGCACGGCGACCACCGUGGAGUACAGCCUGCACGGAGCCAGCCACCCGCGUCACCUGGAGUUUGGCGGCGCCGAGUCCACGUCCCCGACGGCGCGCGACUUCAACUUUGGCUCAAUGAGCCCGACGGGAGGGAGCGCCAACAAUGACCAGUACACUAAGAUUUUCGAGAAGAAGAUCAAACCUCGUCUGUCCUUCGAGGAUCUGGAUGCGAGUGGCGGUCCGACAGGCGGAUCGGCGUUCGAGCACGGGAUUUCUACAUCUCAUAAAGGAGCAUCCACUCAUGCAACCACUGUACUCUUCAAGGGCCAAAGAGGCUCAAGGACCUCAGGAGAGUUUGACCCAAACAUGGAACACGCAUUCCAGAGUGGAAUUAGCUCAUCCAGCUACUCGUUCAGCAGCGACGGUGGAAGAGUUUAUCCAGACUUUAAAAUAAAACAGGAAGCAGAGAACGGCGAUCGCAGCAUUAAGCUCAGCGGACCAACGAUUAAAGGACCAGAUGCUGGCUUUUCAUUUACAUCCAAGACAUUGAACAUUUCUGGCCCAAGUGUUCAAACCGAUGCAUCUGGUCUACGUGAGACUGAUGCACACGGCAAGGGUGUUGACUUCUCUCUACCCGGUUUUGAUACACGAUCACUGGGAGGGAAAGUCUCUGGAACAAAGAUAACGACGACGGAAGUGAGAGAUUCGAGUUUCCAAAUAUCUGGCGCAGAUUUGAACCUGAAUGUGAAGAAGCCGAAAGUAACUGGCGGUAUAGAGAUAGCCGAUUCAAAAUUAGAUGCCAAGACCAAGUCGGCACAAGUGGAUGUGAAUGCUCCAGGUGUGGAAAUUCCUGGAAACCUGAACAUAACCAAAAUAAAAAUACCAAAGUAUGAAGUAAGCUUUCAGAAAAUGAAAGGAUCGGGAGCUGAUGCAGGAACAUCUGCAGCCUUUGAAGGCACUGUCAAGGGUACGUAA